AUGACCGCCGCGCCACGCAAGCAGUCGAAGACCUACAAGGUCCCCAAGCGCCCGUACGAGGCCGCCCGUCUCGAUGCCGAGCUCAAGCUCGCCGGCGAGUACGGUCUCCGCAACAAGCGUGAGAUCUGGCGCAUUCAGCUCACCCUCUCGAAGAUCCGUCGUGCUGCUCGUGAGCUCCUGAAGCUCGACGACAAGGACCCCAAGCGUCUCUUCGAGGGCAACGCCCUUAUUCGCCGUCUCGUCCGCAUCGGUGUGCUCGACGACGCGCGCAUGCGUCUCGACUACGUGCUUGCCCUCAAGACCGAGGACUUCCUUGAGCGCCGUCUCCAGACCCAGGUCUUCAAGCUCGGCCUCGCCAAGUCGGUCCACCACGCCCGUGUUCUCAUCCGCCAGCGCCACAUCCGCGUCGGCAAGCAGGUCGUCAACGUUCCUUCGUUCGUUGUCCGCCUCGACUCGCAGAAGCACAUCGACUACUCGCUUAAGUCGCCCUACGGCGGUGGCCGCCCCGGCCGUGUCCAGCGCAAGCGCGCCAAGGCCGCGGCUAGUGGUGACGGUGAGGACGCCGAGGAGGACGAGGAGUAG